GCAGGUCUUUAGAGCUGAGCUGAUUAAAAUUCAACUUCUGAAUUUAUAAUGUUAAGAGAAAUACGGCAGGUGCUGAGGCUAAUCCAGUUGAUGGGAAAACAAAGGAAACAAUCUAGUUUAAAGAAUACUGGAGCACUUUUAGUGCUUUUGUGGACCGAAAAAGGCUCGUCCCAUCAGAUGUUAAACUGCACUGUUGCAACUGCUGGUUCCUGGUGUUUUGGAAUUGCAAUGCACACCCUUCAAGCUGAUCUGAAAAAGGUCCUGCUUCCCGGUGUGUGGCCUUGUCCUGAGCCUGAUCCUGAGGAGCUGAGCGCCUUCACAGAUCUCUACGGAUCACUGAAGUUCCUGCUGAAUUUUCAGGUGAAAAAUCCAGGACAUUACUCAUCCAAAUGGCAGGCUCAUGUUAAAGCGUUUCUUCAGACUUUUGGUUUGACUAAUGCUGGGAUAAGAAUCCAACUAAAAUUUAAAAUCCAUGGACAGAAAUCACAACAUGACUUUAGCAGCGCUUUCCUCAUAAGUAAAGUUGCUCUUUCAGUCCAACCACCUCUGAUCUUGGACGUCACUUGUUCUGCACAACCAUGGUGUGAUCAGAGAGGAUCGUGGUGUCAGAAAGGACAUCCUGUUGUCGGAGAACGGUUUCCUCUCAGCAUCCCACCCAAAGCCAUGGACCAGGGCCUGUUUGGAGAGCUCAGUGUCCAGAUUGUUACGCUGCUGAGCCCCUGUGUGCUGCAGUACCCCCAUUUGCCUACGGAGCUAUCUCGCAUGCAAGUUCUGGUUUUCAGCCCCAGUAACAUCCCUGUUUCAGCUCCGUCUGGUUUCUUCCAAAGCCUUCCUGUUGCCUUGGACUACCAGCAUCUGGGACUGGACAGAAUGCACUGCCGCUCCUCCAAAGCGUCCCCUGAUGAUCCUGUGCACAGUGAUGGUGUUGUAUUCACCGUGGACCAGGAAAACUGGGACGAUCCAAAGCAGGAACCCGGUCACCUCCCAGUUCAGCAGAGUCUCCUGCUCCUGCUCUUCUUACAGCAUAGUGACCCCUUCACCUCUGGGCUCACAGAUAAAAUGGAUUGUGAAUUGUUGUUAGAGCUCCAUCUAGAGGACAUUCUGAGGAACAACAGGCAGGCCGUCACAUCAGCUCUGCAGGCUGAACUGUUCAACACAACGAAGACUUUAAAAGAAAGAAAAAAGAAACGUGAGAAGCUGCAGUCGGCUGCUGAGGUGAUCGUCAGCUCCACCAUCAGCAUAGUGAGCAGCAGCAGCAACAUGGACUUCAGAAGUGCCUGCUUGAAACUCAUGAAGGUUCAUGACACUCAUGAGUUAUCAGCUUCCCUCAACGAGUCCCUGUGGAGGGUGUCGUCAUGGAAACGGCUCCCUAAAGUCGGGUGCUAUUCUGCUCAGGUUGAAGAUUGAGCUGCGAGUAACGAGGCCAUCAGAGCUGAAAUUUGACAAAGUUUUUUUUUUUUAUUCUGGCCAGGAAUUCAUUUUUAUUUUUAUUUUUUUUGCUAAAGAGACAUGUUUGUACUGCAAAUAUUUAGUGUUUCUAGUACUCUAUGUGAAGUGUAUAUUUUACACUAAAGUAUACGUGAAUGUGACUUUUUUUUUUACUGCUUUGCAAUAUAUUGAAAUUUAAGAUAGAGAUCUAAUUAAUUGCAAUC